CAAGUUGUCUUGUUUCCUCCUCCAGACACACUCUCUCACAACCUCCGCUCGACACGCCCCCAACACAUUAACCAUGUGGAUUAUAAAUUGGUUCUACGAUGUGCUGGCCUCAUUGGGUCUGCUCAACAAGCACGCCAAACUUCUAUUCCUCGGAUUAGACAACGCCGGCAAAACCACCCUUCUCCACAUGCUCAAGAACGACCGCGUUGCCGUCCUUCAACCGACACUGCACCCAACAUCUGAAGAGCUGUCUAUAGGAAACGUCAAAUUCACAACCUUCGAUCUCGGCGGCCACGCACAAGCCCGACGUCUCUGGCGCGACUAUUUUCCCGAGGUCAGCGGCAUUGUGUUUCUCGUUGAUGCAAAGGAUCACGAGAGGUUGCCCGAGGCCAAAGCGGAGCUUGAUGCGCUGCUGAGUAUGGAGGAGCUUUCGAAUACCCCAUUUGUGGUUUUGGGGAAUAAGAUUGACCACCCCGACGCCGUUUCUGAGGACCAGCUACGAGCGAGUCUUGGCUUGUACCAGACAACCGGCAAGGGUAAGGUACCGCUUGAGGGCAUCCGGCCAAUCGAGGUCUUCAUGUGCAGUGUGGUCAUGCGACAGGGUUAUGGUGAGGGUAUCCGCUGGCUCAGCCAGUAUGUCUAAUUCCACCCAUUACUCGGACUCGGCCCGAUGUAUGAGGUGCAGUGGGGUAGGGGAUGGUCUGGUAGAGGUAUUGCAUGACGGGACAUAUAGUUAUGGUUCUGAGUUGAAUGGACGCAUGAUGGAUAGUUUGGCUUCAUACAAACAACACAACACACUAACACUCUUAGAGAGAUAUACUUUUUACGGUGGCGAAUGGAAUGGCGUUUCCGUCGAGGCAAAGCUACUUGUAUGUCUCCCUUCAACCCAAUGGCUUAUUUACUUGAGUACCGUGGGAUGUUUUCUUAGGCUAGGUUCUUGUGAUAUUUGGAUGGAUGUUGAUUUCUAUAUCCCCCGAAUGCACCUGCAAGACCUUG